UUUCUCCGAUGGCUGUCUCCGAUGUCGCCUAUUCCGUCCGGUCGUCACGGCUGACGUCUUAGCUACGCGCAAUAUACAUACACUGUACGUGUUUCAAGAUGCGCAGCUCUCCGUCGAAGGAUAGGCAGAGGCCGCCGGCAGACGCCGCGCCGUGGUCGUCGGUCAAUAGUUUCGCAGGUCGUACACCUGUCUGUCGUCUGAAGUUGCAGACGAUAGUCGUCGAGAGGAAGGGGUUAUGGUCAAUAAACGCAACCACGUCACACGCAGCCUAUCGGCGACGACCCCGCUUGGUGGCCCCUUAAAGUGGCUCCCCGAGCGAAAAUCUUACAUGUCGGCCGAUAUCACCUUUGUGCGCUCAUUUGCGUGAUAAUUCCGAGGAAAGGGCGAGCGGAUCGCCCGGUGACGCGGACUGACGAAUGCGGCACGUACGCCGGAAGCCGCAGAUGUGAACCAAAGCCACGAAGACGGCGGAUGUUUCGCCAAGUUGAUCUCCUGACAUGAUCUUUUUUAAAUGUUGGAGCACGCAUAAGUAAGCGGACACCAGUGAUUAACCUCUUAAGGCGAGUGAUAGUAGAUCAGAAGAAUCAGCUGGGCUUGAAUGGGUCCAUUUGUUCUAUUCAAGUGAGUCAAUUUUCCAAGAAAUGAUAGAGCACAUUACAGAUGUGAUUGAUGCAAUUUGUGUCACUGUAUUGUGCCCAAUGCCAAGAGAGGAUCUUACCAGAAGACAGUGAGGGAGAUGCGAGAUUAUAGAUGUCAGAAACAGGGGAGGAACGUGCUAUCAGAUUGUAUACGGCUGCGGAGAUAAUGAAGAACGCCAGAGCCAAGGAGACUGAGGAGCAAGCGGCGUUAAGGAGAAUGCAGGAAGCCCAACGUAUGGCCAGGCAUCGCGCCAAGAAGAAGCGCUGUUUGGAUGAGAACCUUGCGAGAGAAAUCUCCAAAAUUGCGGAGUUGUCCAAGAUGCCUCCACCUGAUCCCGCUGCUAUAGCUCAGAUGUCGGAGAUGAAUAUGAAUAAGAUAUCUGCGGAACUGAAACAAAUGAUGGAGAGAGGAAAAGUACCUGAACAUAUAGUUCAAAUGGCUCAACUUGCAGAGUUUAGCAAAAUGAAUUCUGAAUUAAACAAAAUGUCGCAGGAUAUGGCAAAGAGAUAUGAGAUGGAAAAGAUGGCAGAAUACGCCAAAACGUCGGAAUACAUAAAGAUGCAGGAGAUUGCAAAGAUGAACGAAAUAAUGAAACUCUCCGAAAUGGCGAAGUAUAAUGAUAUGAGCAAAAUCAGCGAAAUAGCAAAAGUAAACGAGAUGAUGAAGAUGUCGCAGCAGAUGGCCAAGAUCAACGAGGUGCAGAGAAUGAACGAGAGAAUGAAUGAAUUAGCCAAGUUGAACGAAAUGGUAAAAAUGACAGAGAUGGCAAAGUACAACAGUGAUAUCACGAAGCUGAAUGAGUUUGCGCAGAUCAACGAGAUGGCGAAGGAAAUCGCCAAAAUUAACGAAAAGACGAAGAUAAAUGAGAUGAUGAAAAUGCAGAACAUGCAAAACGACAUGGCUAAGAUGCCCGAGUACUCGAAAAUGGCGAACGAGAUGGCGAAGCUAACGGAGCUGGCCAAACUAAAUGAGAUAACGAUUACGAAACUGAACGAUCCAGCGCCUCCGCCUGCUCCGGCAUCGACGAUGCAGAAGAUGCCAGAGAUCCCGCCGCCGCCACCACCACAACCACGCAUCCCCGAACCUGUGAUCACCGUGCCAAAUCCCAGGAAUCUGCAGAAUGUGCAGACCGUGCAAGUGGCGCAGGCCAGCCCGUCCAGCAUGAUCAACUUUCAGAGCGUGCCUGGCCAGAAUAAUUAUGGUAAGUUGCUGAUGAUCAUCGAGGAGCUCGGCCGGGACAUCCGUCUGUCUUAUGCGGGCAGUCGCAGUGCCGCCGAGAGGCUGAAAAAUGGGAUUCAGCAAGCCAGGGUUGCUGUACGGGAAUGUCUGAUGGAGACGCAGCACAACGCGCAACAAUGAUCUGCCGAUGAGUUAGCUAGUGAUUAGACUACUUUCUAGCCUUCUAUUAUUUGACGAAGUACAUUGCUUUGUAUGAACGCUUAGAGAACGUUGAACCUCGGGAUUGCGCGACGACUUAUAUACAUAGACCAAGCAUUCCGUUUCCAACACCAAAGGUUUGAUCGAAGAUUUUAAUUUUUUCCAUCUCGCAAUGUGUCUCUAACUUAGGUUUGUAUCACAUAUUGAAAAUAUCUGCUGUAUAUUGAAAAUUGAAAUUGCACGAAACUGAAUUCUAAUCAUAACGAAGAGACAACAAUUUCUUUGCUCUGAUUAGAGUACCGUUCUUUUGUGCUCGGUUUAUGUAUGUGUGUCAUUGGGACAGUGACCGACGACUUCCUACUUUUAGGUUGCAAUUUAAUCAUAGAAAGGACUCAGAAUGGGGUACCAAUUUGUAUACUCUACAGAGCCGGCCUUAGGUUCUAUGGCGCCUUUGUGCAACUUUCAUAAGUCCCUCAUAUCGAUGCCACAAUUAACAAAAAGGAAAAAAAUGGAAAAAAAGGUAAUCUCCUUAACGCGUAUAUUAAUAGAGGAGGGGCGUUCAAGGACGCUCUCUUCUACUAUACAAAAGGGACGCGAGAGACGUCUUUAGCGUCCCCUCUAUUCUGGCGUCUCUGUUCAAGGGCAUAAUUCACCUCUUUCCCUCUCCCCCUAAGGCCGGCCCUGAUACUAUAUAUACUAUUUGUAGAGAAUCUUGGUUUAUAUUUGAUAAAAAACAAAAUAAAGAUGGUUAACAAAGAUGAGCAUAUUGCAAAUGCUUAGUAUACGUUUUGAGUAAAUGAGGGAAAAGAAAUACAAGAAAAAGCUUUUAAACUGUACCUAAUGGAAAGUAUAACCACAUAUAUAUCAUAAAAAUAUAUCGUUAAAUAAAUAAAAAUUUUGUACAACCAAA